AUGAAGGAACGAUUCAAAGGCUUGAGAUUUCUGAGAGCUCUUAGGCUGAUACAGUUUUCAGAAAUUCUGCAGUUUCUGAAUAUUCUUAAAACAAGUAAUUCUAUCAAGCUGGUGAAUCUGCUCUCCAUAUUUAUCAGCACAUGGCUGACAGCAGCUGGGUUCAUACAUUUGGUGGAGAACUCAGGGGAUCCAUGGGAAAAUUUCCAAAACAACCAAGCUCUAACAUACUGGGAAUGUGUCUAUUUACUAAUGGUUACAAUGUCCACUGUUGGUUAUGGGGAUGUUUAUGCAAAAACCACCCUUGGCCGUCUCUUCAUGGUGUUCUUCAUCCUCGGGGGACUGGCCAUGUUUGCCAGCUACGUCCCUGAAAUCAUAGAGUUAAUAGGAAACCGCAAGAAAUAUGGUGGUUCCUAUAGUGCGGUUAGUGGAAGAAAGCAUAUCGUUGUCUGUGGACACAUCACUCUGGAGAGCGUGUCUAACUUCCUGAAGGACUUCCUGCACAAAGACCGGGAUGAUGUCAACGUGGAGAUUGUCUUUCUUCACAAUAUUUCCCCAAACUUGGAGCUUGAAGCUCUGUUUAAACGUCACUUUACUCAGGUGGAAUUUUAUCAAGGAUCAGUCCUCAAUCCACAUGACCUGGCAAGAGUCAAGAUAGAGUCAGCAGAUGCAUGCCUGAUCCUUGCCAAUAAAUACUGCGCUGACCCGGAUGCUGAAGAUGCCUCCAACAUAAUGAGAGUCAUUUCCAUAAAGAACUACCAUCCGAAGAUCAGAAUUAUCACCCAGAUGCUUCAGUAUCACAACAAGGCCCAUCUGCUAAACAUCCCCAGCUGGAAUUGGAAAGAAGGAGAUGACGCAAUCUGCCUAGCCGAACUGAAGCUAGGAUUCAUAGCCCAGAGCUGCCUGGCUCAAGGCCUCUCCACGAUGCUCGCCAAUCUCUUCUCCAUGAGGUCAUACAUAAAGAUUGAGGAAGACACAUGGCAGAAAUACUACUUGGAAGGAGUCUCCAAUGAAAUGUAUACAGAAUAUCUUUCUAGUGCCUUUGUGGGUCUGACCUUCCCUACAGUGUGUGAACUGUGCUUUUUGAAACUAAAGCUCUUAUUGAUAGCCAUAGAGUACAAGUCCAUUAACCGAGAGAGCCGAAGCCGAAAGCGCAUAUUAAUUAAUCCUGGAAACCAUCUCAAAAUCCAAGAAGGAACUUUAGGAUUCUUCAUUGCAAGUGAUGCCAAAGAAGUCAAAAGGGCAUAUUUUUACUGCAAAGCCUGUCAUGAUGACAUCACAGAUCCCAAGAAGAUAAAAAAAUGCGGCUGCAAACGGUCAAACAAAACCAGAAGGAAUUUGAAAGCCUUAAAUGAGAGCCAACCACAUGUACCACUUUGGGCCAAAACAGUUGAAGAUGAACAGCCAUCAACGUUGUCACCCAAAAAAAAACAGCGGAAUGGAGGCAUGAGGAACUCACCCAACACCUCACCUAAGCCGAUGAGGCAUGAUGCUUUGUUAAUUCCUGGCAAUGAUCGGAUCGACAACAUGGACUCCAAUAUGAAAAAGUAUGACUCUACAGGGAUGUUCCACUGGUGUGCAGCCAAGGAGAUCGAAAAAGUCAUUCUGACUCGAAAUGAAGCUGCUAUGACAGUUCUGAGUGGGCAUGUGGUGGUUUGCAUCUUUGGUGAUGUCACCUCAGCUGUGAUUGGUCUCCGGAACCUGGUGAUGCCUUUGCGUGCAAGCAAUUUUCACUACCAUGAACUGAAGCAUAUUGUGUUUGUGGGUUCCAUUGAGUACCUCAAGCGAGAAUGGGAAACACUGCAUAACUUCCCCAAAGUUUCAAUAUUGCCUGGUACACCAUUAAGUCGGGCUGAUUUAAGGGCUGUCAACAUCAACCUCUGUGACAUGUGCGUUAUCCUGUCAGCCAAUCAGAAUAAUAUUGAUGAUACUUCGCUGCAGGACAAGGAAUGCAUCCUGGCGUCACUCAACAUCAAAUCUAUGCAGUUUGAUGACAGCAUUGGGGUCUUACAGGCUAAUUCCCAAGGGUUCACACCACCAGGAAUGGACAGACUAUCUCCAGACAACAGUCCAGUCCAUGUGGGGCAGCAGCCAUCACAUCCCAUCACCUCUGGGGUCAGCCUUCCCAUGAUCACUGAGCUAGCGAAGCCUGGCAAACUUCUGCCUUUGGUUUCAAUCAAUCAGGAAAAAAACAGUGGGACGCACAUUCUCAUGAUAACCGAACUGGUGAAUGAUACUAAUGUUCAGUUUUUGGACCAAGACGACGAUGAUGACCCUGAUACAGAACUGUAUCUCACACAGCCAUUUGCAUGUGGGACAGCAUUUGCUGUUAGUGUCCUGGACUCACUCAUGAGUGCGACAUACUUCAACGACAAUAUCCUUACCCUGAUCCGGACGCUGGUCACAGGAGGAGCAACUCCAGAGCUGGAAGCCCUGCUUGCUGAAGAAAAUUCCUUACGAGGUGGCUACAGCACCCCCCAGACAUUGGCCAACAGGGAUCGAUGUCGAGUCGCACAGUUAGCCCUGCUGGAUGGGCCUUUUGCUGAUUUAGGGGAUGGUGGUUGUUAUGGUGAUCUAUUCUGUAAAGCCUUGAAGACCUAUAAUAUGCUCUGCUUUGGAAUUUACCGGCUGAGAGAUGCCCUUUUAGGUCCAGCGAGCACAUGCACCAAACGAUAUGUCAUCACCAACCCUCCAUAUGAGUUUGAGCUCCUGCCAUCUGACCUGAUCUUUUGUUCCAUGCAAUUUGACCACAAUGCUGGUCAGUCGAGGAUCUGCCUCUCUCAUUCCUCUUACUCUUCCCAGUCCUCCAGCAAGAAAAGUUCCUCUGUUCACUCCAUCCCUGCCACAGCAAAUCGGCCGAACCGCACCAAGUCCAGGGACAGUCGGGACAAACAGAAGUAUGUGAAGGAGGAAAGACUUUAAUAUGUAUAUCCACUCCCACCGUGUGUGAAACUGUAUCUGCCACUCAUUCCCCCCAGUUGGUGUUCCCAACAGUAACUUUUCCUUGUCCUUCCCCUCCCAGUUUUCUCUCCCUUUUUAUAUACAUACUUUGCAUAUGUAUGAUAGUGUGCAUGUGACUGUCAAUUUUAUUUUACCACCAUAAAACCCUUAAGCACAACAGCAAGUAAGCAGACAGACGGACCAAAAGUUAUUUAUGAGUCUAGGGGAAAAAAAAAUCAUAGGCAUGCUAAAAACAUAAAUAACUCACUGCAGAAAUGAUUCUACAGAUUAGUGGAGAGAGGCUAUUCAAUGUGAACACUCCUUAGCAAAGGCAGAGCUAUAUGGAGAAAGUUCUAGAAUACAGAAGUGCUGAUGCAUCAGGGUGCUUUGGGGAUAUAUAUAUAUAUAUUUUUUAUACUCACAAGAAGUCAGAACACUUAUUUGAAACAAGCCAAAAAAAAAAAAAAAACAAACAACAAAACACACACACACACAAAAACUCAACAACUGGUAAGCUAGUGAUUGUCUCCAUUCUCCCAGCUAAAACAUUGUGAAGCAUUUGAAAGGCCGACCCUAUUUGUUUGAUUUAUUAUUCCUAAGCACCUGCGUCCAGCAAACAAACUAACAUCAGGGAUUCUUCUUUGAAGGCCUUUCUGCUCCAUGAUCUUCUUUGGGAAAGUAUUCUAUCCGUAAUUUUUUUUUUUUUUAAAGAAACAAUAACAGUAUUCCAUUCAUGGAGACGGCAAACUCUAGUGAUUUAAUUUAAGUAAAAAGGGGUCUAAUUGCAUAUUGAAUUGUUAGUCUGUCUCAGUGUACUGCCACAUAGAAAACUGUUUUUUUUUUCUUUUCCUUUUGACAUUUGGGAUGAAAAGCCAUAUGUAUCAUAAAUAUCAGAUGUAAGUCAUUAAAAACUGCCUUCCUGGGACUUUUACAUCUUUUCAAAGGUGAAUCACUCACCUUAUGUACAGAAUAAAUAACGCUCAGAAAAGAGCAAGUAUUUUUCCACGUAUCCUCAGGGGAUCUUCACCCACAACCCCCCCCACCAUGGUUGAUUUGUGUAGGCCCUGAUCCCUGGUACUGUGUGGGUCUGAUGCAAAGAGACAGCCAAGGAAGAUAAAACAAGAGACAGAUAAUAUUUUUCUAGGUCGCAGUGUGCGAAAGUAAAUCAGAAUAUGCCAUCAAGGUGGGGCCCACAAAGACAAAAGGCAGCCUAUGGAUACCCUUGAGGAGCCAUGACUGCAGCAGCAUCGUCCUCAGUCCUCAGCUGUCCAAGGAAAGCAAAGGGGUACAAAUUCCUGGCCUCAGUUUCUUUUUAUUGGAGCAGAAGCCCUCUUGGUGCCUUGGCUCAUCCAGAAAGAGUCCCAUUAACCAAGGGAAAAGGAAGGUGGGGGGUGGAAAUCACUUACAGACCUAGUCAGGGAAGGAACACAGCAGGUCAAAAACUUUUGGUGCAUCCCCUUUUUUUUUAAUAGUAGUUAGAAGAAAAAAAAAAAAAGACUUAGAAACUGCCUUUCCCCAGCAAAAUGCAGAAGUCAGUAGUCUUUAGGCAGACUAUUCACACGCUAGUUACAGAAAUGCUUCCUAAAAAUCAGCUUACUCCUGUAGCCUCACUCUGGCAUCUUUUGAGAUUGGAUACCUAGUGGGAAGAGACUGGCGUGGCGAUUAGGAAAGCAUGUUUUGGGUUGUUUUGGGAUUGUU